UUUUCUCUUAUUAUCCGUCCCUUUUAACCAAGCUUUUUGUCCUAAACUUUUUACCUAACACUUGGUGUGCGUGGGUGGUGGGACUCUAAUCUCCCUUUGAGAAAGGAGACAUGGUCGAUAAUAAUCGUGUCGUUGUUGCCGGUGAUGGUGAUGCCGAUGCCGAGUCUGUUAGUGUUCCGACGAGCAUCAGUAUCAAUUUAAAGGAGCUUAGCUUGGACAAUAGUAGUAGUACCACUAGUAGCACUGUUACUGGUUCGAGUAACAGUUCUAUAAAUACUAGUAAGAUCAGUGAUGGUUGUCUUGACGGGAAACGAAGCGAGUGCAGUGCUUCCGAUUCCAAUAAAAAUGGGGAGUUCUUGGAAUGUGUAGAAACUGAGAACAGCAGCAGCUUGAGCUCUGCGAGCUACUGUAGUAGCAUUGAUGGUAACGAGGCUAGUUGCAGAACCUUUUGCCCUAGCAAACCCCAUAAGGGUAAUGAUCUACGAUGGGAUGCAAUUCAGUGUCUGAAGGUCAAAGAUGGUACUUUGGGUUUGGGUCAUUUUAGGCUUUUGAAGAAGCUUGGUUGUGGAGACAUUGGGAGUGUGUAUUUGGCGGAGCUUAGAGGGAUGGGCUGUUUGUUUGCGAUGAAGGUGAUGGAUAAAGCAUUGUUAGCCGGAAGGAAGAAAUUGUUGAGGGCUCAAACCGAAAGGGAUAUUUUGGGUUUGUUAGAUCACCCUUUUCUUCCAACUCUUUACUCCCAUUUUGAGACGGAGAAAUUCUCUUGCUUGCUUAUGGAGUUCUGCAGUGGAGGGGAUCUUCAUACACUACGGCAACGGCAGCCGGGAAAGCACUUCUCAGAGCAAGCAGCGCGGUUUUAUGCUUCAGAAGUUCUCCUUGCCCUAGAGUAUCUACACAUGUUGGGGGUGGUUUACAGGGACUUAAAGCCUGAAAAUGUCUUAGUCAGGGAAGAUGGCCAUAUCAUGCUUUCAGAUUUUGAUUUAUCAUUGAAGUGUUAUGUGAGUCCUACCCUAAUCAAGUCCGGUACAGAAUCAUCCCGUAGGAUCUCAUCCUAUUGUAUUCAGCCAGUAUGCAAUGAUCCAGCAUGCAAAUUAUCAGCUUGUGUGGAGCCUGCUUGUUUGCAGCAGUCAUGUUUUAGACCUCGUCUUUUCACUUCAAAGGCAAGGAAGGCCAUGUCUGACAGUUUAAGUCUGGCUCGUACAAAUUCUCUUCCGGUCCUCAUUGCAGAGCCAACUGCUGCCCACUCAAUGUCUUUUGUAGGAACCCAUGAAUACUUAGCUCCUGAAAUAAUCAAGGGAAAUGGCCAUGGAAGUGCUGUGGAUUGGUGGACGUUUGGCAUCUUCCUGUAUGAACUGCUUCAUGGGAGGACACCAUUCAGGGGAAAUGGUAACCGUGAGACGUUAUUCAACGUAGUUGGGCAGUCACUGAAGUUUCCAGAUGGAUCAAAUGUGAGUUUUGCUGCUAAGGAUUUGAUCAAGAGUUUGCUUGUAAAGGAUCCACAACAGAGAUUAGGAUACAAAAGGGGUGCCACAGAGAUAAAGAAACACCCCUUCUUUGAAAAUGUCAACUGGGCUCUCAUUCGUAGCACUCACCCUCCAGAUAUUCCUAAGCCAGUUGAUCUGUCUUUUGUUAAUCAAACAAUUAGGUCAUCCAAGCCCCAAAAUGACAAUGGAGCUACAGAUUCUGAUAGCUCUUCAGGGCCAUAUCUAGAUUUUGAAUUUUUCUAGAGAAUUUUGGCGGGAGUAAGUUUUGUAAUUUUUUUUUUAGUUGAC